AUGCCAACAGUAAUCCGUCCUUUAAGUAUAAUAGAACGUCUUUAUAUUAUGCGUCAAAAUGUUCUACAUUAUCAUAAUCUUGUAUUCGUAGUAAAAUUUAGAUGGGAUGAAUUCUGUAAUUCAAACACAGAUAGAAACCCUCAUACUUCUGAAUCCACAAAACCUUCUUUAUACCCAAAUAUAAAAAAUUUGAACGCUGACUCAAAAAGAUUAAUUUCACAAAUACUUUAUCCUACCCUUCAAACACUUCUCACAAAAUUCCCAUCGUUAUCUAUUUCUAUUAGAGAUUCGAAAUCAUCUAAUCCAUUAUUUUUACAACUUGAUGAAAUAUAUUUAACAAGUCUUAUCAAAUUUGUUCCUCUUUCAUCCGGAAAUGAUUUGGAAAAACUUAUUGAAAGACAACAUGAUUUAAAAUUUAAUAUAGAAGAUGAAACGAAACCACUUUGGAGAAUUGUAGUCGGAGUUAUGAAUCUUCAAAAAUCCACUGAAAGACCAGAAUAUGAUUUUUGUAUCUUAUUCUGUUGGCAUCAUUCUAUAAUUGAUGAAAUAAGUUCUUUAUCAUUAAAUCAUAUCUUUAUUAAAGCAUUAAAUGAAACUUUAAAAAGAUAUAAAUCCAACACUUCAAAAUUAAAAAAAAUUCCUGAUUCUUAUACUCACGCUAUACUUCCAAUUCAAAAAUCUAAUCAAAACAGUGAAUUAAUAGAACAAUAUAAUUCUAAGAUAGCUGAUAUUAAUCCUAGAAACGUGGUUCACUUUCAUAAUAGGGUUAAAUUGGUUUCUUUAACAAAAGAAGAAGUUGGAAAAAUAAAAACGAUUGCAAAAGAUCAAACAUUUGAAACAUUCUUUCCUUCAUAUGGUAAUUCCAUAAAAACAUUAACACCUAUUUACCUUGGAACAUUUACGAAUCCACAAAUUCCAUGGACUGAUCAUAUGGGUAAUUACAUAACAGAAUCUAUAUUUAAAGUAACGUUUCCAAAAGCUUCAUUAUUUCCAUUUCCAACACUUUCAUCACCAAUAACAACAACAAAUAAUUCACAUAAAAUGAAUAAUACAAAUUUUUAUUUUUGGAAUCUUUGUCAUAAAUAUCAAUCACAAAUUAUUUCUGAUACAUCAAAAUUUAAUAAUAGAAUGGGAUUAUGGGAUUUAUUUUCCAAAGAUAAAAUUUUAAAACAAAUGAUUAAUUGUCAAAAGAAACUUGUUGGUGAUGAAAAUAUAAGUUUAGAUGAUCCGGAUUCAAAUGAUUGGAAAAUUAUGGAUAUUAUAUUUUCUCAAUCUAUGUAUUUGGUUGGGCCUUCACUUAUCGUAAAUUCUAUUUCUCAAGGUCAAAAAAUGAAUUUAUGUAUAGUAUAUCGGGUUGGUAGUGUUAGUGAACAAAGUGUUGAUUCAUUUGCGGAAGGGAUAUUAAAUUGUUUAAGGAUUAUUGGAGAAGACGGUGAAAUCGAGUUAGAUCAAGAAAUAUAA